CCUAGCAGGGCGGUGCGAGUCAGCCGCCAACAGUUGCAGCCGCCACGCGAGGCCAGGUGGAGCAGAGCGCUGAGAGGGGGACGUGGACGGCAAGUGCUGCUGCUGCUGCUGGGUCUACCGAGUGAUGUCAGCCCUGAGGCUGACGCAGGAGCAACGCCCCUUCUACUGCAGCGUGAAAGCCUUCGUGAAGAUGCUGCGGCUGGGACUAACUGUGACAUCUAUGACCUUUUUUAUCAUCUCACAAGCCCCUGAACCAUACAUUGUUAUCACUGGAUUUGAAGUCACCGUUGUUUUCUUUUUCAUCAUGUUAUAUAUGUUCAGGCUUGAUCGAAUAAUUAACUUUAUAUUUUGGCCUUUGCUUGAUAUUAUCAACUCUCUGGUAACAGCGACAUUCAUGAUAACCAUAUCAGUGUUGGCACUGACAACAGACAACACAUUUACGGUCCUCGGAGGGGUGCUUGGACUCCUGGCAGCGGUAUGCUGCCUUGCUGAUGCGGCUCUUAUUUACCGGAAGCUUCUAUUUAAUCCAAGUGGUCCUUUUCAGAAAAGUCCUGACAAAAUAUAAGUUUUGUAAUUUUAUAUUCCUUUUUAGUCAAUGCUAAGUAUUAAACGUAUCUCUAUU